AUGCAACAUUGGAUAGCUGGAAGGAAGAUUCUAAGACGCACAAAGAAUUUAGAGCUUGCUGGUUAUGCUGAUGCGAAUCUUGGAAAAGCAGAAGAUGAUUACAUCUCUACUUCAGGUUUUCUUUUCAAGAUGGUAAGAGCAACUGCUGCUUGGAAGAGUGCUAAACAAUUUGGUAUUUCGAGUUCAACCAUGUUUUUAGAAUACAUAGCUUGCUAUGAAGCUACUUCUCAUGCAGUAUGGAUAAGGAAUUUUAUUAAAGGCAUUAAGGUGGUGGACUUGAUUUCAAAACCAAUACAGAUAUAUAAUGACAACACUGCGGCUGUUUUUCAUUACAUGAACAACAAGAUGUAG